CAAGUGUUCCGAGAUACAUCAUAAUUAAGUUUUUCUCUCAAAAUCCUUCCAGUUCUCCAAUGUGGAAUUUAUUUUGUUGUCUUUCAGAUUGUUCUGUACACUGUUCGGCCUCCACUGUGAAGCAAAAGAUUGUGAUGAAGGUGCAAUUUAGCUCUGAGAAACGCAGAACUGAGGCCUUCAAGAUUGCUGCUGGCUUUAAAGGUGUGAGCGACGUGUCUGUAGAUGCAGAUAAAGACCAAGUCAUUGUGAUUGGAGUCGGAAUUGAUUCGGUUUGCUUGGCCAAUUCGUUGAGGAAUAAGCUCGGCUACGCUCAAAUAUCAAGUGUUGAAGAAGUGAAGAAGAAGGACGAAGAAAAGAAACCAGAAGUAAUUCCAAUUCAAUGGACACCAAGCUAUAUUCAAUAUCCUGUGCACUGUGAUGUUGGCUACUGGUGAUCGGACUUGAAAACUCUCAGCAACGUUCAAUUUAUUUAGAUCUCCUCUUUCAAAAACAAUAUAUUUUCUUCCAAGAAUUCGUUGGAUAUGGUUGAUAACUUGAUAUUGAUACUAUAUAUUAUAUACAAAGCUAAUAAAUAUAUAGAACAUAGCUU